GCUCCCACCUUCCAAAAGCUGUCAUCUUCACAGCUUCUAAACGCCUAAAUACAACAUAGGAUUAAUACCCAACCAACUUCAUCAUCCUGGCUUCUAUCAUACGUCUUUUACGUUUCAUUCUUGUAGUAACUUUUAUCUUCCUUUCCAUAUCUGUCAUUCUGGCUACCUCAAGAAUUGGACCCAGAUUGGGAGCUCUGUUUAGUCAAUUAAGACCUACGAAUAUAAAACCUACCUGGUCCCCUCUCUCAAUCAUCAAACCUACCUCAACACGAAUUAUCUCUACCGCAACAAUGGCACCUACCCAAUAUCAAAAACCUCCUCAAGCUCCUCCUCUCUUUACUCAUACCGAAUCGCAGAUUGUCGAUGAGGCAAAGGGAUUGAUGGAUAAAUAUCGAAAACUCCUCGAUGAUCUCGUUGCAAAGGUUAAACCGGAAGAUGCAACAUUCGAAAAUGUUCUCCUACCUACUGCCAAUCAAGAUGAUCUUAAUUCUCUACAAAUAAGCGUUCUCACCUUCUAUCAAGCUGUUUCUGCCGAUUCGAAACUUCGUGAUGCGAGUUCGAAAGCGGAGGAGAUUAUGGAUGAGGCUCAGAUUGAAAUGGGUAUGAGAGAGGAUGUUUUUAAAUUGGUCGAUGCGGUUUAUAAAAAGGGUGAGGAGUUGGAUCCGGAAUCAAAGAGAUUGCUGGAGAAGGAAUACAAAGGAUAUAUUAGAAAUGGGUUGGGGAUUGAGAAGGGUGAGAAGAGAGAUAGAUUCAAGGAAAUUAGUAAGAGGUUGGCUACCAUUGCGACUAAGUUUCAAAAGAAUUUGAAUGAGGAGAACGGAGGUAUUUGGUUUACGUUGAAGGAACUUGAUGGGGUUCCUGAAGAUGUUAUUUCAGGAUUGGAAAAGGGAAAGGAAGAGAAUGAAGGAAAGUUGAAGUUGUCGUUCAAAUAUCCCGAUUUAUUUCCUACGCUUAAGUUUGCGAAGGAUGCCGAGACGAGAAAACAAGUCUUUGUUCAGAAUGAGAAUAAAUGUCAGGAGAAUGUGGAGUUGUUCAAGGAAGCUAUUAUUCUAAGAGAUGAAGCUGCGAGAUUAUUGGGUUAUCCUGAUCAUGCGAGCUUUAGGAUUGAGGAUAAGAUGGCAAAGACUCCAGCGACGGUCAAUGAGUUCUUACAUGAUUUGAAGGUUCAACUUGCUCCAGGUGGAGUGAAGGAAAUUGAACAUCUUAAAGCUAUCAAAAAACAAGAUUUGGAUGCCAGAGGGUUGGGAUCAACAAAUGAUGAUAAUUAUUAUCUUUGGGAUAAUCGAUUUUAUGAUCGAAUGAUGGUUGAGAAUGAAUUCUCUAUUGAUGAGAAUAAGAUUGCUGAAUACUUCCCACUUCAAUCUACAAUCGAAGGAAUGCUCAAGAUUUUUGAAGAGUUAUUCGGUUUCGUAUUUGUUGAUAUUAGUAGUGAGGAGGAAUUGGCUAAAGUUUCACCAUCUGGAAAGGGAUCUGAUGUUUUACCUCAUCCAGAUUCUAAACUCUUUAGCGUUUGGGAUGAUGAAGGUGAAGGAAGUGGAUUUGUUGGAUAUCUUUACUUGGAUUUACAUCCACGUCCAGGAAAAUAUGGCCAUGCUGCAAACUUUAACCUUCAACCUGGUUUCUCAUAUCCAAAUGGUACAAGAAGAUAUCCAGCCACGGCACUUGUUUGCAAUUUCUCCAAACCAACCGAUAAGAAGCCAUCACUCUUAAAACAUGAUGAGGUUGUUACUCUCUUUCAUGAAUUGGGACAUGGUAUUCAUGAUUUAUCUGGUCGUACUCGAUACUCUCGUUUCCAUGGUACGAAUACCGUCAGAGAUUUCGUCGAAGCUCCAAGUCAAAUGUUGGAAAAUUGGUGUUGGACUCCAAGUCAACUGAAGAACUUGAGUAAACAUUAUCUCACCGGUGAACCUAUUCCGGAUGAUUUAAUCGCCAAACAAAUCAGUACCAAACAUGUCAAUGCUGCUCUCUUUAAUCUUCGUCAACUCCACUUUGGUAUCUUCGACAUGACAGUUCAUACCCCAAAGACCCAUGAAGAAGCAGAAUCCUUCAAACUAAGCGAACUUUACAACGAACUCCGAACUCAAAUUUGUGGACUUAAAGGUCCUGAAGCUUUAGGUGCCAAAAGUGAUUGGGGAAGUGGACAAGCUACUUUUGGUCAUCUAAUUGGUGGUUAUGAUGCUGGUUAUUAUGGAUAUUUGUCAAGUCAGGUUUAUAGUACGGAUAUGUUUUACUCGGUCUUUAAGAAAAAUCCAAUGGAUCCUAAGGAGGGAAGGAGAUAUAGACAUAUGGUACUUGAGAAGGGAGGAAGUCAGGAUGAAAUGAAGACUUUGGAGGUGUUUUUGGGGAGGAAACCUAGUACGGAGGCGUUUUAUAGGGAGUUGGGGUUGGAGGGGAAGAAGUAGGGUUGUUAGAGGGGAAGCAGAAGCGGGUAGGGAACGGAGGGGAGGUAGGGAUGGUAGGGAUGGUAGCAAAGUGAAUAGGAUGGGUUGGUGUUGCUUGAUUGUGGUUAAGGCCUUAAGAUGUGGGGUUUUCAAUGCAUUUUAUGGAUGAAAUGAGAUGAGAUUAGAUGUGGUAGUAUGACAUGAGAUGAGGCAUAGUUUUCAAGUCAGACUUCCUACGUAUGAAUAGGAUGGAAUAGGACAGGGCAGGUAUUAUAUGAUAUUAGGAACUCUAGAAAUUCAAUGAAUUUGAUCUGAUCCAUUUGCCUGUCCU